UCUGCGCGGUGGCUUGUGGGUGUGUUGAGCCUCGAAGUAAAAUGGCGGACUUGGCAAACGAAGACAAGCCUGCCAUAGCGCCUCCUGUGUUUGUUUUCCAAAAAGAAAAAGCACAGAAGCGAUCUGCAGAUGGCUCAAGUGCAGAGGAUGGAGAAGAUUCAGACAAAGACGAAGGAAGCUAUUGCCCCCCAGUGAAAAGGGAAAGGACCUCUUCGUUUCCACCCCCACAUUCUGCUCCCAAGAACAAUGUAUUCAUGCCCUCGAGUUUCUGCCAGUCUCCGACUGGGAACUCUGACUCUGAGCCAGAGGAGAAGCCGGUGGGAUUCCGGUUAAAGCCACCAACUCUCAUACAUGGACAGGCCCCAAGUUCAGGUGUCCCAAGUCAGAAACCCAAGGAGCAACAACGCAGUGUCCUCCGCCCUGCAGUUCUCCAGGCACCACCCUCUAAAUCACAUAUAGAGUCCAAUUCCAGUUGUGGAACCAAUGGUGUGAAAAAGUCCUCAGAUGGGAACCCGUCCCUCUUCCUGAACAACACAGAGCACUCGGCCAACAAGUCACUGAAACAUGAAAAUGAGGAAGAUGGAGCAAGUGGUAACAGCGAUGGAGGUGGGAGAGAGAUGAAGGAGACAGAUGAAGCAAAUUCUUUUGUGUUUGGUCAGAAUAUUAAAGACAGAGCAAAAGUGGAGGAAAACAGUACAGAAGGCAAGUCAAAGGAUGGUGGGCCACUUGACCCUCAAGAGGGCACUAAUUAUUUCUUACAAUACGUCUCUACCCCAAGUUCAAAAAAUGACACAAACAGUACAGACACUGCAGCAAAAUUUGUUUUUGGGCAGAACAUGUCUGAAAGAGUUCUGAGCCCUCCCAAGGGUGAGUCUGCAAAUGAGGAGAAUAAAGAGGUUUUGGCUACCCCAGCUUCAGAGCCCUCAUCACAGGAAACCACCCCAGAGAAGGACUUGCAGUUAUUUCACAGUGCAGACAAAUUACUGCUAAAGAGGGAUAAGGUGCCACAGAGAAAUGUGUCACAUUUGUCAGUGAACAGCGUCUCGGAGUCUUUGGAGGAGUCUGCAGCAGCGUACACCAAAGCCACAGCCAAGAAGUGCAUCUUAGAGAAAGUCGACGUCAAGACUGGAGAGGAAUCCGAAAGUAAUGUUUUACAGAUGCAGUGUAAGUUGUAUGUUUUUGAGAAGACCGCUCAGUCGUGGAUAGAGCGAGGUCGGGGUUUGCUGAGGCUCAAUGAUAUGGCAUCGACGGACGACGGCUCGCUACAGUCCCGUCUAGUGAUGAGGACCCAGGGCAGCCUCCGGUUGAUUCUCAACACUAAACUUUGGCCCCAGAUGCAGGUGGACAAAGCCAGCGAGAAGAGUGUGCGAAUCACUGCCAUGGACACAGAGGACCAGGGGGUCAAGGUCUUCCUAAUAUCGGGUAGCUCUAAGGACGUAGGUCAGCUGGCUGCAGCGUUACAUCACCGUAUCUUGGCCCUGAAGAGCAGGGUGGAGCAGGAGCCUGAGACACCGACAACAACCAUCCCUGAUACCGAUGUACCACAGUCCAACGAGGAUGACAGCGACGAGGAUGACAAUGCCUCCGCCUCGGCCUCGGCCCCAGCCUCCCCUCCUGCUUCAAGUAAUUCAGAGGGAGAAGAGAGCCAGGCAGCAGGAAGCACAUAGCGUCACUCGUGGACAGCCUGCCAAGAUGCUGCUGUUAAAGCUUUUUUGCUGUAGGCAUCUCCAUGGACACCCCUUGACCAACAUGGGUCCUCCAGACCAGUACUUUUGGAUAUUAGAAGUCUAGCUCCAGGAAAUAACCCCCUGUGCCGGAGUGUCUCACCCAACUUGUGCAGUUCAUCUUCUCUGCAGUCAGCGUAAUAUCUGGAGCCGUUUUUUUCCCCCCUCCCUCUCCUAUUUUUUGUGUUUUUAUUUUUGUUUUCGAGUAUUUUUUUUUUUUUUUUUCCUCUCCCCUAUAGCAAAAAUAAAGACUUCAAAGCUUUGGUUUGGGACUUUUCUGCUCAUCAUAUUGAUGAGCGUAAGGGUGUUUUCCUCUACAUUUUAAAGUAUGGCACAUGUUAAGACUGCAGUUUCUACUUUGGGACCUUUUUACUCACUCUACAGCCGUGCCCCUGGACACCACACAUCCAGAGGAGCUUCAUUCACAGUGUAUUUGACUAGUCAUCCAGUCAUUUGUUCCUACAUCCAGUCCCAUCCUCCCUCCUUCCCCAUCCCGACCCGUCUGUGCGUUAAGUUUUUGGAAAAUGUAAUUUAUUUUGGGCCGUCAUUUUCAUGAAGCAUCUCAACACGUGUGCUGUUUGUAAUGGCUAGCCAAGACCACUCAAGUUGUGAUUAAUAGAAGUUUCUUAAAUUUCCCAUUGACCUACAUUCUAGUGAUAAAGGACUGAAACAAUGCGGUUUCUGCUAAUGUGAGUGAAAUGUGAGGACAAAAGGGCAGAAGAAGGAUUCACCUCAAAAUAUUCUCCAAAUUGACAGGAUGUGCAAGUAAUUCACGAGGGUUUAUUUUUUUAUUUCUUUAUUUUAUUUUUGGUUCAAGAAAAUUAACUCAUCAGUCUACAUUCUGCAUGUAACUGUUAUUUCUGUUUUCAACAUUCUGAGAAUUUAUUGUGUUUAUAUUUUUUAUUUUGAAAAUAUACAAACUUUUUAUCCAUUUACACUUGGAGAACAUGUUGGAACGAAGACUUAACUACAUGUGUGGAAAAUUGAGUGAAACUGUAAUACCCUUUGAAUGUCAUGUACAUUUGAAUAUAUCAUCAUUUAGUAGCGCACCAUGUUUUCUCAUCUCCUCCAACUGCCCCCUUUACAAAAUAAACCAUUUUGGACUGACA